AGAAGAACAGGCAAGCAACGACAAUCAGCGCUUUAGGAGGGGAUCAGGGUCGCGGAGCGAAAAUGGCGUUCGAUCCAGUCACGACGAAGCUCAUGACGCUUUUGAAUGUGUCGACUGCCAGGCCGGACAAGCGCAAGAGGCUGGCUGGCUCGAAUACGGCAGGCGUGGCGAUCAACAACAACUACCAGGCCGUUACUGCCAGGGCGGCCGACGCGGUCCGGCAGGCCGAGGGGCCCUCAAGCUUCAAGAAGAAAAAAGCAGAGAGGCAAGCUGUGGACUUGGGGGAAACAUCAGUGGUGGGAGAGAUACAGGGGGACCUCGAAGCUGCACAAGAGUCGGACUCAGAGUCUGAGGAGCAACAAGGUGGGGCAGAGAUCGACGCCUUUGACUACCACUUUGCUUCAGAGGGUCCCUCGACUCUGUCCGAGCUUGCCAAAGUCGCCUCGUCUUCCUCAUCAGGCUCACUCGACUGGGCGUCGAGCACCAGCAACGUCCAGGGUCUUGGCCCCGUGUCGGUCGAGGAGCUCCAGAGUGUUGCAGCCGUCCGACCAAAGGUGGUUCCCACAAAGCCGCAUGCAAAGGUGCUGGAGGCGUACAACGCCACGACAGAGCGAGAGGGGAGGGCGAAGCGAGCGGGCUUUGUCAAGGAAUUGGGGAGCUACCGAGAUGUCCUGGACACGAGGAGCUCCAUUGUCGAGGACAAGGACGAGACGAGGCGGGCCGUUGCGCUCCAUUCCAUGAGCCACAUUGUCAAGAAUCGGCGGCGGAUCCUGAGAAACAACGAGCGGCUAGCUAAAGCUGCUUCGUCGGGGCAGUCACUGCAGCGAGAUGUGCGCGAUCAGGGCUUCACCCGACCAAAGGUUCUCAUCCUGGCCCCACUCCGAAAUUCGGCCCUCGCUUGGAUGUCGAUCCUCUCGAGCCUGUCGACAUGCCCCCAGAUCGAGAACAACUCCCGGUUCCGGUCCGAGUAUAGCCUUCCAGCCGGCGCAGUCGACAAGCUUACCCAGCCCGGAGCGCAGGAGAAGUACGCAAAGGACCAUAUUGAGACCUUCAAGGGCAACAUUGACGACUCGUUCCGGGUCGGCGCCAAGCUGACCCGCAAGAGCUGGAAGCUGUUCAGCAACUUCUACGAAUCCGACGUCAUCGUUGCAAGCCCCCUCGGGCUGAGGCUGGCCAUCGAGGGCGGAGAAAGGGAUAGCGACUUCCUUAGCAGCAUCGAGAUUCUCAUCGUCGAUCAGAUGGACGUCAUGACGAUGCAGAACUGGGACCACGUCCAGUUCUGCCUCUCCAAGCUCAAUGCGAUUCCGAAGAAGGCUCACGAUACCGACUUCAGCAGAGUCAAGCAGUGGUAUCUCGACGAGCAGGCUCGCUUCUUCAGGCAGACGAUCCUCCUUUCUGCCUACGACGCACCAGAGUUCAGACAGGUGUAUCGCAGCCUGACGAACCUCGACGGCAAGCUGCGCACCGUUGCGUCUGGCUCAGAAGAGGAGAAGGGUGUCCUGUCCCAAGUCCGCAAGGGCCUCCGACAGUCAUUCACCCGAUUCGACUGUGCAAACGCCAAUCUCGAGCCGGAUUUGCGCCUGCAGACGUUCCUUCAGCGUACCCUUCCUUACCUCCAGAAAUCGGCGCAGUCAUCGAGCCACACGCUCAUCUUUGUGCCCUCGUACUUUGACUACAUGCGGCUCAUCGACGCUCUGCGACGCCGCCGUGAGCAGCCCGCAACCUCGUCGGGCGAGCUCUCGUAUACCUCUUUGUCCGAGUACUCGUCUGGCAAAGAGAUCUCGAAAGCUCGUGAGGCCUUCUUUUCGGGCAAGAAGAGGCUAUUGAUCGUCACGGAGCGCUUCCACUUCUACCGACGCUACGUCCUCCGUGGUGCGCGGACAGUCGUCUUCUACGGGCUACCGGACCACAAGCAAUUCUGGACGGAGCUGCUCGAAUUCCCCUUUGUCAGAGGUCUGGGACGUGACGAGGAGGGAGAGGACGAGGAGCCGGAGACGGACCCGACAGACGUCAAUGUGCUCGCCCUCUUUUCGAGGUACGACUUUCUGAGGCUGGAGCGCAUUGUCGGUGGCGAGAUGGCGAGGAAGAUGUGCAGUGCCGAAGAGACAAAGACGACUUGGAGGUUCGCUUGAUACAAUGCUAUAACCUCAACUCAUUUUAGCAGCUUCUUGUGAUGCUUGAGCAUGGGUUCCGUCUGGCAGGAUGCGGUAACUGAUGGCUCAAGAUCAUCUUUAUUGGAGAAAUGGUUUCGAAAAGGGGAAGAGGCCAUGGGCCAUGGUGAGACAUCGAAGGGGGACUUUCUGAGUUGGUCAGAGGAUCUGCGGAAGGCGAUCUCUUGUUUAGAAGGAAUUAAAGGG